UUUUUAGAUAUUCGUAAGUCGAAAUGAAUGUAAACGACCCACCUGAUAUACGGGCUAUUCCAAACUUUACAGCACAAACUGAUACUCCCAUAAUGUCAUCGCAUGAUUUUACGCAUCCAGUGCGCUAUACAAAUAAGAACCAACCUGGAAGAAAUUCACUGUCAAGACAUGAAUCGGGAGACAGCUCAAGAAGUACGCAAGGACAUGCAUCGUUGCCUCGCAACACAGUAGGACCGCCUGAUCCCAAUGCUCUGUCCCCGGAGGGGCUGGUUUCAAGGCCGCUGAAUACAGGAGUUGGGCCCAAUCAACAAGUUCAGGAACAAUAUAAUGCUUUUUCGAAUCAAAAUGAAAAUGAUAGAAAAAUGAUGGAAGAUCCGAGAGAAAGUGCGGUUCCGAAUAAACGAGCCGCUGCAGCUCCACCUUGGAUUGGUUAUACCCAAACCUAUCAAGGUCAACAAAAGUAUCGCAAUCCUCAAAAACUUCAACAAAGUACAAUCAAGAAGCGACCAAAACCGGAAACAACUUCCGGACCAAAAAAAGCUUCGAAGCCGACGUCUUUGUCAGAACCUAAAAAAACAGAAUGCUCCAUCUCAGAGGAUGAGUUGUUAUCAGCAAGUUUAGCUGAACGUGUCCAAGCAGAAGUCUCCGAAAAUGAGCAAAUCGAGAAUCUCACUGAAUGGGCGCAAGCCUACAAACAGAAACAAGAAAAAUCAAGUGAAACAAAAAGAAGGUCCCGUAAAACUGCACAUCGUGAAGAAGAGCAGAAGUCAAAAAUACUGACUGUUCCUAUAGGAUCAUUAAGUGAAGAUCAAGCAGUGAAACAAUUGAAAGAAUUGACCAAGGAGAGGCGAAGGGACGAUGCGUUAGUGGCAGAACCCUCAGCAAAGAAAAAAUGGCAACAAAAAGAAGUGGAAUCAAAGAAAAACGAGGGGACAUCUUUUGAAAAGGUCUCAGAUCAAGUGCGACUAAGAACAAUGAUUGAGGAUCUGGUAUUGCAAAACGAAAAUCUUCAACCAGUGGAGUGGAGUGGAUCUGAAAUGGCGUUGAAAAGAGACAACGACCGAUACCAGAGACGAAGCCAACUGAAAACUGCAAAUAAUCGGGAGCUGGCCAAAAAAAUGAUGAGCAUGGAAAGAAAUGAAGUUGAUUUUUUGAGAAAUGCAAGAUAUAGUAAACACGGAAAUUUGAAAGUCUGGAAUCAAUUCAAAUCACUUGUUAAAGCUAAUAAAUUAUUAGAAGAGGAAAUCAUCAACCAAAAGUGUCAAGAACUUCACGAAAUAAAAUUUAAAACCGCGGCAAAGCCCAGCUUGGCAAUUGAAAAGUCAACACCAACAUAUCUUGAAAAUAUGCUAAUUGUGGACGAUCAGGAGAAAGUCAAAAAUAUCGAUAUUUCUUAUCUUUCGAAAGUUAAUCCAUCUCACCAUUAUCAAUGGGGAGAAGCAAAGUGGAAAAAGAUUGAGCCCCUGCUGGCAGAGUUGAAAGAAACAGAAAAUGAAGUGAACUGCUAUUACGAGAAUACAAUGGGGCAUGAUGUUCCCCAAACUUCAUUAAAGACAGUGGAUAAGAUUCUGUGGCAUUUUGAACAUAAGUAUGAUGCUAUAACUUGCACGAUGUAUCCACAACAGAUAUUCUACGGAGACUUUGAGCUGGAAAUUUUGAAUUCAGCCUCCAUAAGUUUCAUACUUGAUGCAGACAAACCAAAAAUGAAGUUAUGCUUGUCCGAUGGAGCUUGCGAUGUUUUGGGAUUUGAUGUCAUCACUAAUAUAACGAUGGUUCCUAGCCAAGCACAAAACUUCCCACCAUGUGUUUUUGUUAGAACAAAAAAUAUUGAUGGCCGGAUUAUAAAUUUGUCAGAUAAAUAUGGAAGAUUUAGACGAGGAUCAUAUUUUGGAGAUAAACCAAUACAUCAAUGUCACCCAAGUGGCUUGUUUCUUGUGCUAGGUUUCAAUCCAAAUCACAAACAAACUCAAUGUACUGUGACAGUUGACAAAGAAAAUAAAUUGAAAUGCUACAAAAUAUCAGCUUCUGCCGGUUUUGAAGUUUUGGCUACAAACGUUCAACUUUCAUUAGCAAUGUACCCGAAAUCAUUCAACAUUAACGUUUGUUUUGAUUUUAUGCGUGAUCAAGAAUUUCGUAAUUUUAUUAUUAAUCUUCGUAUUAUAUGGGUUCUAAUUGCCAAUCAGAAUUGUGAACCACGUUGGAUCGCCAAAAACCGCGAGGAUCUUCUGCUGAUGUGCGAUUCGAAUUUCGUGGAAUUUGACGCAGAAACUGGACAGACACACAGCCUAUAUCCUCCGACCCAUAGUUUCCGACCGUUGCGACGUGAGAAAAGUGGAGAUACUGUGAACAAUCUCAAUACUUGUAUGCUCCAGCCGCACCCGUCCCCUACCGCAAAAAGGCAUGAAAAUCCGAGGUCACCGGUUUUUAAAGUUCCAAGAAAAUUUGUUUCAAAACGCGAAAAUAUUCAAGCACUAAUAUUGAGAAAAAACAAUAAGUUAUUGAUCAAAAAAUCAAACGUCGACUGUGAUGGACUGAAUGUUGUUGUUGUUGCGAAACCUUUUAUUAUACCAACGAUACAAAACCAAAAUGGAACAACUUAUUCAUUCGAGGAAACUUGUCCCCCUGUGAAGAAAUUUAAAUGGAAUGAUGGUCAUUCUUUGAAAAUCGUUACGAUAUCUCAAGGCAAAGCUAGUUCACUAUACGAUCCACACCUUCCAACAGUUGGCUUUGAUGGAACAAGUCCAUCAACUUCAAAUAAAGCACCAAUGGUAUCCAACGAAUUUUCUUGUCUGUCUGGAGAGCCGUUCCCGUCUUCUUGUUAUCACAUUUCAAAACAAGUCAGAUUUGCAAGAAAACAGGAUGAACAAACGAUCAGCCUACCAAACACUGUCGAGGAGCUAGCUUUCAAUGUUCGAUCUACAAUUGCGAGCAGAAGAAUGGAAACCCGUCGAUUAAUAAAUCUCGGUGAACCGCCAGCUCCAUCCACAUCACCAGUUGAUGAAAUCAUGGAAUCUGGUGAGUUUGGUCCAACAAAACCUUUGACUCUCAGACUUGGACAUAAUGAAUUCUACAUAUCAAACAUGUCGGAACAAGAUCAACUGAAUCAAGCUAUUCUCGUCCCUGGAAGACCAUCACCACGAGACUCCCACAAGUUCGGGAAAUGAAGUCUCUAACAAAGAUCAAUCGGUUAAUAUUCCUCCUGUUGUUGAUGAAAUAAGAAGUUCCCGAAUGAAACGACUAGUCAAUCACACAAGCCAGUUGGAUGCUCAGAAAAAGAUUUUUCAAACGAAGCAAGCACGCAUUCUGAAAAUGUUGUCAAAAUGUGUAACUCAUGGAGAAAAAGCAGCUCUCUGGGAUGAGUAUUCACCUAAUUUCGCUCGUUCUCGAUCAGCUGAAAACUGAAUGUGAGAAGUAUUAUGGACUUGUCGUUACCACGGCCAAUAGUUAAUAACUUUUUUACGGUGAAAAAACUAAUUUUGGAAAAUUCCUAAAAUUCCCUUUGAAUGUUGUCAGAUUAACUUUUCUUAAAGUUUUCGAUUUGCAAUAUGAAAUUAGUUUUAGUUUUGCUAUUGCUAUACUUUUCACUAAAUCAAAAUUUGGUUGAACUACUCUAGAAACGAGGUUUUUGGACUUUUAAGAAUUUUGAGAGUAUUGUAAAUUUGUAGUUUUAAAAAAAUCUGAAGGUUUUGGAACUUUUGAAAAAAAGUAAAGUCUGCAAAAAAAUGAUUGUAAAACAGUCCAAAUUCUUUAGUAAAAAUUCUAAAAUUCCAUUGCGUAUCUUGAAACCGGGUUUUUUAAAACCAAUUGAAAUUUUAAGUCCAUAGUAGGAUGUACUCCUUUUUUUGUUAAAAAAAAUCGCAUUCCAUCUCUUAUAAUUUUACCAUUCCCAAUUAUUUUCUGUGUAUUUUUUGUGACUCUCUGUUUGAUAUAUUGCCAUCUCACAAUCCCUGUUAAUUUUCUGAAUUCCAUGUGUUUUUUGGGGUUUCUCUUCAAAGAAAAAUGAAUCAUUUAAACGUUUCUCAAAAAAA